AAAAUGAAUGAAACUUCACAAUGUCAAACUCUAUAUAUACUCGCUCACUUCCUUGUUGACAUUCAUGCUAAAAAAGGUCAACUGUCCAUAUAUUUCAACCAAUAUAAUAUCAUAUAGACAAAAGAGUUCUUUUUAUUAUUAAAAUAAUUAACCAGAUAUGGCAAAGAAACCUAGCCUGGGUCGCCAAAAGAUCAAGAUCGCAAAAAUAGAGAUCAAGAAUCACCUUCAAGUCACCUUCUCAAAGCGGCGGUCCGGACUCUUCAAGAAAGCGAGCGAGCUUUGCAUCUUAUGCGGUGUCGAAGUCGCCAUCAUCGUCUUCUCGCCAGCCGGAAAAGUAUUCUCGUUCGGGCACCCGCACGUGGAACCCAUCAUCGAUCGGUUCCUCUCCCGCGGGGACCCGAUGAUCAUAAACACCCCGGUGGGCCACCAUCUUGUGGAGGCCCACCGGAACGCGAGCGUCCGCGAGAUGAACGUGCAGCUCUCGCGGAUGCUGGCGGAGGUGGAGGAAGAGAGGAAGAGAGGGGAGACGCUUGACGGAGUGCGAAAAUCGAGGACGGAGAGGGAAUUUUGGUGGGAAAGACCGAUCGAGGAACUAGGGUUGGGUGAGCUGGAUCAGCUUCGGAACUGCAUGGAUGAGCUUAGGAAAAAUGUGGCUGUUCAGAUGGAGAAGAUCGUUGACGCGGUCAACGCUACUUCUACGCUUUUUGCUGGGAAUGGGACUUCUGGAUGGUUCGAUCUUGCUGAGGUCAAACCGCGGGGGAUAAUGGCGGGUCUUAAUGAUAAUCAUCAUCAUCAUCAUCUUAAUACCCAUAACAAUGAUCAUGAUGUUAAUUAUCAUCAUCAUCAUGGACCGCUGCAUAAUAACUU